UACUUUAUUUACUUUGGGGUUUUCUGUGUGUGGUGUGACGUUAUUUGUAUAUAUUUGGUUACAUGGAUGCAUAAGUAAAAUAUUAAGUUAACUAUCACUACACGUGUUUUCUGCAUGUUAUGCGGAUUCGGUGAUAGCAGCUAGGCUAACAUUAGUUAAAAGUUAGCUAACUAACUUAUCUUACUGUAUUUGAAGAUACACAGUUCACGUUGUCAAUGAACAUCAGUUAGCCUUGCUUCACACUGAGAUAUGCACGCAACCCUGUCGCCAGACCUGAAAAGACAAGUACACGGCAAACAUGCGGUCACAUUGUCUGCUAAACCUAGCCUAGCUAAAUAGAUUUUAAGCAGUAGCUAGUGUGGACAGGCUAACUCAAUGUAAGAAAGUGUUUAUAGAUUAAGUUAUACACAGUUCACAUAAAGUUACCAUAAACAGCCUCUUCUUCUUCCACAUGUUGUGUUUCAUAUUAGUAAAGGGUUUUUUUUCUGUAGGUGGCCAAGAUGUUGAUAAAAGUAAAACACAGAGAGAUAAAGAAAUAUGUCAAAUUGGAAGAAGUCAGCUUCACAGAUUUUAUGAGUGCAGUGCAGCAGAAGUUUCUCAUACCAGAAACUGCAGCACUGAAAGUCACGGAUGAGCAGGGUAUAGAGGUGGAUGAGGAUGUCUUUCCUGAACUUGCAGGAGUCAAAGAGGUGUGUUUUGUCAUCUAUACAGCUGAAGACAUCCUGGAAACAGAAUCAUCCAAGAAGCUGCGUGACUGCUCAGACCUAACACACUAUGUGACACUCACACCUUGUGAUUUGACUGUCCUGAAGCAACAUGUGGAAGAGCCCUCCUCUCCAAGUCUAACAGAUACAUUGUCUGUCUCAACCACCAGCAGUCAGGGCAGUGACACAAGUGAUUCCGGACUGGUUCAGCCUCUAUUGGAGAGCAUACAUGCAAGAAAUACAGUGGAGCAGAUUCUGACUUCCAAACCAGCAGGGGUGACUGUCAUCCAUGAGUAUGAAAAAACUGGGAGUUUGAAAGAUUCCACCAGGCGAUUAAUGGUGAACAUCAUUGUAGCUCACAUGCGUGAAAAAGAAGGGAGAACUGUAAGUAAAGCAACAAAGGAGUUUCAUGCGCUUGGAAUCGUGUCACUCUUCCCAUCUUUGAAGGAUCCGUACUCCAAAAAGGGAUAUGAGCAUUUCUAUGACAUUCAGAGCAACAAAGGUUUUCUUGAGUGGCGUAUCAAGACUGUGCAACGUCAAUCCAAAACCCCCACUGCAUCACAGAACAGAGUGGAACUGAAAGGAGGGCCCACAUCACGAAGAACGUUUGGUUUAACUAAUGACCAGCAAACAAGAGAUCAAUGUAUGGAAGCCAUGUCUCUUCUUCAUCACACCACUGACCAAGAUAUAGUCUUCCAGAAGAUGAGAGAGACAUUCUACUAUCGUCAGCAGAUACUGCAUGACCCACAAGAAUCAGCAAACAUUCUUCAGAUGUUUCCUCGUUUUUUGGACACUAAAGGAUUGAUUUUGCAGGACUUUGCAAUGAUGUUUGGAGUAGAGACGGCUUCCAGGUUCCUGGAAAAAUGGAACACCACUUUUAAAGACAAGGUUGCCAGGGAAGCCAGAGACCUUAAAGAGACUUGUCUUCUGAAAAGAUUGCUGAAAUCUGCCUUGAACGAAGAAAUGGAUGAUGCUGAUGAGCCAGUCCUGCCAGAGCCUUGAGGAUCACCUCAUGAACAAUGAAGGAAACCCUCAGCCAUAUCUCCUGGCCACAGGGACUUCAAAAGCACAGGUUUUCAGCUUCUACAUAGUCUUGGAUCGAAAGCUUCUUCCAUGUCAGUCAUGUACAUCACUGGGUGCAUUUGAUGAGCUGUUCAAGUGUCACUUCGUUUUCAGUGUGAAAUAUGAAGACGCUCUGUCCAGCCUGUACACAUUUUUGCAAACCACUGUGUACAAUAUUGAUGUAGGCACAACGGUGGAAAGUCCAAGAGUCCAAGAGUCAAAGAGUUGCGAGCAAAGCUGUUGAAUAAGUAGUAACCAGGUUAUGUAUUCAAAAUGCUGACCUGUUUUCUCUGUGCUUUAUCCUUUGGUACAGCUUUACUUUUGUUCAGACAUUUAAAACUAGUUCAUGGAAUGUAUCCUGGCAAAAAUUUGAAACUAAAAUGUGGUCAGAUAGGAUGUUGUUUACAAUUCUCAAGUUAUUCUGGAUUUAGAAGACAUCUGAAUAAGAUACAUGCUACUGUUAGCACAUGUGUUCCUCAUGAGACCCCUUCUGACCAUGAUACCUGAAUAUAUAUAUAGAAUGUCACACAAUGUCUCAACUGUUUAGCUGCCAUAAUUGUUGCUGUUUUAAUGUUGAAUGUUACAGUGCUGUUACACAGAAUGUAUGUUAGUCCAUGCAGCAUUGAAUUUUGAA